AACCUGCGCUUCUCAUAAGCGAAUUAAAACUCUAGUUAUAGUGUUAAAAAAAAGAGAGUUUUAGAAAUGAUUCAGUCAAGAUAUGUUUUCUUUGCUUUCCUUGCUCUUUCCUUUUUACUUGCAGAUGUUGAAGCUACAGAACUGGUGAGUGAUGGUUCGAUUUUUUCUCCCAACAAAGGAGCAGUCUCAUUGUGUUGCAACGAUCACCCCGUAGUUGGAGUAUGUGUUAAUAGAAAUUGCAACAAGUGGUGUCGCCAAGGUUGUGCCUCUAAGAGAGGUGGCUUUUGCAAGAAGAAACUGACGAACAAAGUUUGUCACUGCUACUGCUAAUUAAAACUAUAUAUAAACUCUAUGUUAAACUCUUUCAUCCUGUUCUUUUUUUCUACUUCAAAAUAUAAUAUAAUUGUAUGCUCCUUAUACAUAUAUAUAUAUAUAUAUAUAUAUAUAUAUAUAAAUGGUACGAAUGGUUACCGUGGAUUUGGUAAUAUAAGAUGGACGGAAUUAAAGUACGGUAAGGUUCAUGCGAUUUGUGAGACAUGUGCGGUUUCAAUAAAAAAAGUAGUACGGUUUUAAUAAAAUAAAUAGUGCGAUUUUGAUAGAAAAAUAUUGUAAUAUUAGUUAUUUGAAUAUACGAACCUAAUAAAAUGUGUUUAUUAUUUUCUAGAUAAAUAGUAAAUAUAAUGUAAAAUAUUUUUUUUAAUCCACAACUUUUUUAUUCAAAUUUAAACUAAAACCAAACCAUCUGUUUUGGUAAGUUAACCAAGUAUUUGACCAUCAGAUUUAGUUCAGACAGCAAAUGAACAUAUAGCAUCUGAAAGGUAUAGUUGUUUUUUGGAAAAUUCUGGAUACUGAAAAACAUUCAGUGUUACAAAUGUAUUUAAAAUAUUAGUUGAUCCUUAAACUGCAGAUAGGUUAGAAGAACCUAGCACAAAUGUAGUUUAUAUUAUAACAUUGCUUAGAAAGAACAAAAAAGUGCUUAACAGCCCACCUUCUAAAAUAAGUGAUAGUUUUUUUGUGGCGCCAGUUAAGAGAUUUCGAUGAUGCUGAGUAGACACCAAACGUAGGUGGAAACAUACAUUAUUCAAUAGACGGUGUUGAAAAACUUCACACGUGACAUAAACAAUAUUUUUGGUUUGGUAUAUUGGAAUGAUCGUUUAUUUCGGCACAAUUAGAUAUCAAUAAACAUAAGGGGAAUUGCCACUAAUACCACUUUCUUAAUACCACUUUUCAACUUUACACUUUUCAAUUUUACCAUUAAAAUUUUAAUAGGUAAAAGACUAUUGUACCCUAACUAAUCAAAAGAAAUGGAAAACCCAUCAUCGUAUCCAACCUGGCCAACGCCUCCGCUUAUGAGUCCGUCACCGCCGAAUUGAGCUCGAUGCUCAUCGAGAAUCGUCAAUCCGCCAUUGUUAUAUCCACCUCCAUAGCUGUUCCCAUCGGCUGCAUCGUCAUGCUUGUCUGGUGAAGAUCUGAUGGUUCCGACAGCUCGUAACGUGUCGAGCAGCUUAAGCCUUUGGUGAUCAAACGCCUCUUCUUACGAGUCCGCCGCCGUAUAUUGACAUCUUCGAUUCGCCUCAGCUCAUGUCUUCGCCUGCUCAGGUGAACUCAUCCUUUCCAAUUCCAAUCCCUAGAUGAUGGAUCUCACGCCAAUGACGAGUUCUCCACGAAGCUAACAUAAUUUACAAGCUCAAACGAACAAGACGAUUUCUCUCCCAACACCUAAGAAACGCUAACAAAGGUAAGAGGAUAAUAUAUGGUGAUUUUCGUCUCUUUCUGUAAUUGUAGGUUGGUAUAUCAAAUUCGAUCAAUUUCUAGGAAAGAAGACGAAGUUUUGAAGUUUUUCUCAUGAAGUUUUCAAAUCUCAAAUUUAUAAGACCUUAUAAAUUGGGUCCUUUGGAAUCUUACUGUUGAUCUGUUAGCAAUCAAAAUACAUAGAACUUAACAUAUAUAACAAUCAUGAGAAAUUAAUAAUUUAAGAUUAAGAUUAUUCCAUGAUUUCUUCUUCUCUUGGUUGAUAUGUUAAUGUUGUAGGAAAUUACAAAGGUGUGGUAUGAGCUUUUGGAUUUAAAGGAUGCUGUAGAGAAUAUGUGUGAUGAUAUACAUAUCAAGUACCUCACUUUCUUGAGGUAAUACAAUGAUACCAUUUGUAGUUUGACUAGCAAGGUUUAGUAUGUGCAGUAUAUGAGGUGGAAGGUUGGUGUUUUGGUAGUGUAAUGUUCUGUUUGGUACUAUAUGAGAUUCAUUUUUUAUGUGUUGUUUGUGUAUAAUAUCUAUAGAAGCAGUGGAGAUGGAGCAUGAGUUUGUUGAGUUACCAAAGCAUAUUAUUUUUGAAUCUUGUUUUUGGAAGUGAGUGAUGAUGCGUAUGAAUAACAUGUGAUUGGCUUGCGCUCAGAUUUUAAAGAUCGACGAGGUUGGUGAGCUGUUUGAAGAAGCAAGAGGAACUCUGAACAAGAAUGUGGUUUGUAUGAUCAAAGAAUUAAAUAUUUAUAACUCUUUAUAAAAAUUGCAGAGUUGGCUUCUUUAUACAUCCUUCUCUCUCAUUUUCUUCAGAUAUCUCUUAUACUAAACCAAUUGUAUAUUCUCUUACGAGUUGCAUAGUUGAAGAGAUUAGUUCGACAUGUAAAUGAGUGUGGUUCCAAUCGUUUCUUUUAUAGAAGAAUGAAAUAUGGAGAAGCCUUGAUAUUCUCAGAUCAUGUUAGUAACAACUAACAAAAACUGAGUUUUGCAAGUACAAACUCUAUUGGAACUAGAUUCAAAUGAUUUACAAAGCUUUAUAAAUUAGUUUAUAAAUAUUUAUAAUUAACUUAUAGACUGCAGUAGAUAUUUUAUAAAGUAUUACAAAUCUAUUUAUAAACCUAUAUGAAUCAAUUUAUACAUUCUUGUAAAACAAAAUAAAAUAUCUCAAGUCUGCUGAUUGCUUGAAGAGCUCAUCAACUUGGUGCUCCCCAAUCCGCCAUGGCUCUGUGAUGAUGAUGCCUUCUACUCCUCUUGCUCGGCGGUUUGAUUCAGCUGAAUUCACACUCAAAGAAGACUAUAACGACUUCUUUCUGAAUGUAUGUUUCUUAAUGUCUCAAGAAACAUUCAUCCUUCAGAUUAAGUACUAGUAACAAGCAACUAUCUUUUAACAAUGCUUCAUUUCUUAAUAUACUUACAACGCUUUGUCAUACACUCUACACCUGAUUUCAUGAAAUAAAAAGUUGUAACACUUCAAAAUACCACUAACCUGAUUCUUCUGAUAUGUUUUUUGGCUGAAUAGAUAUUUCUCUAACAGCUUAAAAAGACUCUCUAAACUAUUUAUAAAUCUUUUGAUAAAGUCUUAUAAAACCUUUAUAUUUUUUUGUAACCCUAUACAAACUCUUCAAAACCCAUUAAAAUCUUUUAUAAACCCUUACAAAUCUUUUUUUUGUCAACAUUCUUUUCAUUUAAGCCUCAUGGGCUGAAAUUAUGGGCACAUGUCUUUCGUCUUAAAGCCCAACACUUUGAUACACAAGAUUAAAUUCAUAAAAAUAAAGAACACGUGCAUGUUUUAUAAAGAGAUGAUGAUACGUGGCAGAUUCUGAGGCACAUGCGGACAACGAACAAUGCUCCACCGCUUCAGACCCCACCGCUUCAGCUCCACGAACGAAGAAACCUCCUUUGUCGAACUUACAAAUCUUAUAUGUCUUAAUAAAUGGUUUAUAGACUCCUACAAAUAAUUUUACAUAUCCUUAUAAAUUAUUUUAUAAUGGUGUAUCAAUUUUAUAAAUUAUUUUUAUAAACUCUUAUAAAUUAUCUAUAUACCUUUAUAAACCCUUAUAAACUAUUAUACAAACCAUUAUAAGUUAUUUUAUAAAGCUUUCUAAAUGGUUAUAGACUCUUUUAAUUGAUUUAUAAACCUAUACAACUCUUAUAACACCCCUUAUAAAUUGAAUAUAUGCUUUCAUAACAUUUUUAUAAGCUUUUAUAAAUAGUUAAUAAAUUGCUUUUAUAAAUAGUUUAUAAAUUUAUAAAUUAUUUACAUUCAUCAAUAAUCAUAGAUCUACCCCCAUUGGUUGAUCUGAGAAAGUGAACCAUAGAUCUUAGAGACAUUUAUAAAUCGCUUAUAAACUUACAAAAAUGUUUUAUAAACUUUUGUAAAUGAUUUAUAAACUCUUAUUUGCCCUUUAAAUUUCUUUUUUCUUCAUUUUUAUCUUCUUUCAUGUGUUAUUGCUCUAUAUCAUAUACUGCAAAAAGUAAAUCCACAAAUUUUGUUCCCAUUAACUUUUCUUCUUUUUAUAUCCUUGUUGAACUAAUUCUACAACACUGUCAAAAUCUAUGUCAUUAAGAUCUGAAUGCGUUGGGGUCACCAAAUGUUUGUAUUCCUUAGAGAAUCCAGACAUUGUAUUAACCAAAAGAUGUAACAAAAAAUAAACAAGUUUUAUAAGUUUCCCAAAUCUCUAAUUUACAAAUUUAUAAACCCAUAUAAAACUACAUUUAUAAUCUUUUAUAAAAUGCUUCACAUUAUUGACCAAGACACCGAUUGGAUAAUCACUUUUGGAUUGUCUAGUGGAUCUGUUCCAGCUUCAUAAAUCCUCAGAUGAAUCACGAAGAUGUGCAAAAUUCAUUGCUAUCUAACUGCCUAACGAAAUAAAAAGAUAAUGUUAACUUUUAAUCGUGUAAAGAUACCUUAUCCAAGCAUAAUAUUCAUGUAUUUUGGUAACAGUCUUACAAAGAAUAUAGGAUAACACAACACAAGACUUCUCAUGUUCACACGUUUAUAUGUUGUUCUAUAGAUAUAUACGAUGAACUCUUGUUUAAUAACUUCUUUUAUAACACCUUGUUUAAUAAAACUCUCUAAAUGAUUAUAGACUCUUAUAAUUGAUUUAAAGACCUCCGGUUGAUUUCUUAACAUGUAUAUACCUAUAUAAACCUUGAAAAUAAUUUACAUACCUUUAUAAACCCUUUAAAAUUAUUUUAUUAACUCUUAUAGAUUGUUUAAUAAGCCUUUCUAAAUGGUUAUAGACUCUUAUAAUUGAUUUAAAGACUUCCAAUUGAUUUCUAAACAUGUAUAUACAUAUAUAAACCUUAUAAUUAUAUACAUACCCCUUAUAAAUUAUUUAUAAACAUUUAUAAUUUUUGUAAUAAACAUUUAUAUAUAGUUUAUAUACUUUAUAAAUUGUUUUAUAAGCCUUUCUAAAUGGUUAUAGACUCUUAUAAUUGAUUUAAAGACCUCCAAUUGAUUUAUAAACAUGUAUAUACCUAUAUAAACCUUAUAAAUUAUAUACAUUCCCCUUAUGAAUUAUUUAUAAACUUUUAUAAUUUUUGUAAUAAACAUUUAUAAAUAGUUUAUAUACUUUAUAAACUGUUUUAUCAGCCUUUAUAAUAGGUUUAUAAAAUUCAUAAAAAUAAAAAAUAAAUUUUUAUAAAUGAUCUAUAAACUCUUAUUAAUUAUUUAUAUAUCCUUAUAAACCCUUAUAAAUUAUUUUACAAACUCUUAUAAAUGAUUUUUAUAAGUCUUCAUUAAUUAUUAGAGACUCUUAUAAAUUAUUUAAGAGACUUUCUAAUUGAUUCCUAAACCUAUAAACCAUAUAAAUUGUAUACAUACCCCUUAUAAAUUGUUUAUAAAAUUUCAUUAUGUUUUUAUAAACAGUUAUAAAUGGUUUAUAGACAUUAUUAAUUGUUCUAUAAACCUUUAUAAAUGGUUUAGAUACUCUUACAAAUAAUUUAUAAACCUUUAUAAAUAGCUUAUAAACUUUACAAACCGUUUUAUAAAUGAUUUACAAACUCUUAUUUGCUUUUCAGCUUUCUUUUUUCUUCAUUUUUAUCUUUUUUCAUGUGUUAUUUUCCUAUAUCAUAUGUUGCAAAAAGUAAAUCUACAAAUCCUUGUUCCCAUUAAAUUUUCUUCAUUUUAUAUCCUUGUUGAACUAAUUGUACAACACUGUUAAAAUUCAUGUCAUCAAGAUCAGGAUGUGUUGGGUCACCAAAUGUUUGUAUUCAUCAGGAAAUCCAAGCAUUGUAUUAACCAUAAGAAGUAAUAAAGAAUAAACAACGUUUUAUAAGUCUCUACAAACUUCUAAUUUAUAAACCCUUAUAAAACUACAUUUAUAAUCUUUUAUAAAAUGCUUCACAUUAUUGACCAGGACACCGAUUGGAUAAUCACUUUUAGAUUGUCUAGUGGUUCUGUUCUAGCUUCAUCAAUCCUCGGACGCAAUCUCAAAGAUGUGCAAAAUUCAUUGUUAUCUAACUGCAAGACGAAAUAAAAAGAUGAUGUUAACUUUUAAUCAUGGUCUAAAGAUACUUUAUCCAAGCAUAAUGUUCAUGUAUUUUGGUAACAUUCUUACAAAGAAUAUAGGAUAACAAAAGACAAGACUUCUCAAAUUCACACAUUUAUAUGUUUUUUAUAGACAUAUAUGAUCAACUCUUGUUUACAAACUUCUUUAUAAAACCUUGUAAAGCAUUGAGUUGUACUAUCAAUAAUAUCUUAAAACCCAGAUUUAUAAGAGGUUCUAAUUCUUUAAAAUACAAUGUUCACUAUUCAAAAAUAUUUCUCCUAACCAGAACUAUUCAAAUGACAAGUCUAAAUCAAUCUUAUUUGUUUUUUGAAUAACAGAGGAAAGAAAAUCCUAAAAUUACUUGAACCCAGAUUUAUAAAAGUUUAUAAUUUUUUGAAAACUCAAUGUUCACUAUCGAAACUCUUUCUCUUAGAUCGACCAGUUAUAAACCAACCUUCGUUGAUUUUUUUUUAUAACAGAAAGAACAAAUCCAAAAUAUUACUUGAAUCGAACAAAAAAAAACACAAAUUAGAAACAUACCAGUGUGAAUUGUGGAGAGGAGCCAACAUCUUUGAGGUUUUGAAUCGUGAUUCUCGUAAUUGCUUAUCACCAGAUACGUGAGAGAGAGUGACGAUGGAACUCAACGGAGACGACGACGGAUCUCGACGGAGAUGACGACAGAUCUCAACGAAGAGAAAAGAAGGAUCUCAACGGGGAGAGAGACGAUGGAUCUCGAAAAGAAGGACGGUGGAUCCGACGGAGAGAGAAGAAGGAUCAUGACGGUAGAGAAGAAGGAGACGAUAGAUUGAAGAUAAGGUAGGGUUAGUUUAGUCAUUUACACAUUAAUGAAUGUGGUAGUUAUGAAAAUGUCCUUUGAGUGGUGGUAUAAGUGAAAAGUAGUAUCAAGAAAAGUGUAUAAGUAAAAUUUCCCCUAAACAUAAAAUUAACUUAUAAAAUGGUUAAUAUAUGUCAAAUUUUAAUUUAAGAAAAUAUUUUAGAUUCCAAAUUUUGACCCUAAAAUAACUAACAUUACUUGAACUAUUGAACAUAUGUUACCAAAUCAUAACUAAUGAACAAUUAAUCAUGCUUACAAUCUAUAUUCACUUAUCUAUGUGGAAAAUAAUUUAAUUAUAUUAAAUUUAAAUUUAUUUGAUUUAUAAUUUUUUAAAUUUACACACUUUAAAUUUAUUUUCUUUCAAUUUUUUUAAAUUAAAAUUAAUUUUUAAAAGUAAAUACAUCAGUAGAUUUUUCAGGAUAUAAUCAUAAAACUGUUUACAACUUUUUAUUUAUUCACAAAAUAUAGCUAUAGUUUCAUUAUCCUCUUAAGACCGGUCCAAAAAUUCAAAACUUUGUAUUUUAGUUCAAAUAUUAUCAUAUUUGCAAUCAAAGUAACAUAUUAUUUAAAUAUUUUUGAUCCAAACUCUAAUACAACAAUAUGAAAGUGUUUAAUAUAUCUUAUUGUUUGAUCAUUACAAGUGUCACAUUUAAAUUUUGCAAAUGUACCUUCUUCUUUUAUGUACAACAUAUUUUUGUUCAAAAUACAAAGUACGAAACGUUUGAAUCAUGUUUAUCAUAAAUUUUGUUCUCUUAUAUAUUUAGUUUUAAUCUAUAUUUGAUUAUUUAAAUUUGGUUUUUUAUAAAAAAAUUUUAAAACAUACGGAAAAGUAAACUAUUUUUGAUAAAGAAGAAAAGUUUAAACUCACUUUAUAUAUUUUUAAAACAUUUGAAACUUAUUUUUAUAAAAAUUCACGUGUAUUAAAACGACAGAAUUGACUAUGACAAAUUAUUUUUUGAAAGUUCUAAAAAGCUCGAAAAGUACUAUAGCCUUAUAAAGACCAGGCCGGACUUUAAAUUUGAGAUCCAAAAUAUUUUCGGACCAGGCGGAGUUCAAAUAUUUACGGACUUAGCAGGUUUCGGCCGGCUGGACCGGCCUGAAUCGACACCCCUAGUUACAACAACUGUUGUCUUCAAGGUUGUGACUCUAAGACUGGUGGAUAUUGCAAGAACGAAACUGGUGGACUAUAAACUUAACGUUCAUUUCCUCUUAAUACCGAAAAGCGACAAUAACAAUAAACAAUAUUUCUUGCUAUUUCACAUCUCAAACAAUUAUAAACUACAACUGAACAAAUAAGUUUUGAUAUUUAGUUGAGCGGUCAUGGAUGGUAAGUAGUGAAUGUUUCUUCUUAGGCAAUUGAACAUUGUGACUUUGAUUUUUGCUUUCAAGAGAGACCUUUUUCGUCAUAUACAUUGUUAAGAAGCUUAAUGAGUAUGAAACAUAAUACAAGCUUUAAGUUGUGUAUAUUGCAAUUUAUAAGGUGAUGUUUAGUCUAUACGAUAUAAAUUCAAAAUUUUCAGUUUCACAACCAAUCAGAACCGUGCCUAUGUGUUAAAAAAAGAGGCAACUGCUUCAGGCAGGCCCAUCUUCAUAUGGUUAAUUUUGGGGCUCCAUUUUUACAAUCAAUUGGUCUAAAAAUAUUUGUAUAUGUCUAUUUUUAUUAAUACUUCUCUACAAAUUUAAUUGUAUUCUUUCUGUAUCAAAAUAAGUGGGUUUUAAGGUUUUUGCACACUGAUUAACAAAUUGCAAAUUUUCAUUCAAUCUUACUCGUUUGUCUAAAAACAACAAAUAAGUAUAGAUAAUUCAGCCAAUAAAAAAUCAUACUGCAUAAUAUAAAUAGUCAAAAACAUAAAAUUGCAUUUACUUUUAACAUAGAAACUUGAAAACAUUAAAAUAAAACAAUUUUUUUUUCUAUUAAAGUGAUAUGGAGGAAGUAUCAUCAUUUUCCGGUUUAAGUUCUAUAUAUAGCUUUAGCUUUUGAAUAUUCACUUAUUGAUUGUUUUAUGUAUAUGUUUUAUUUUUCUUCAUAAUUUUAUCAUAUACUCUUCUUAUUCAUUUGGUAUUAUAAUGUUAGAUGCUUUUAUAACUUCGCAAGUACAUUUUUAAUUUUUUUUAAUUAGCAUGGGUGUGAAUUUUUUGGGUCAUCAUUCUUUUGAAUAAAUGUAAACAAUCUUAAUAAAUAUUUUUCAUUAACUAUUUUCAUAUUUAUGUUUACUAACUUGACAAUCAGAAAAAGAAAAAAAAAAUUAUUAAGGCUCCAAUUUUUAGAAUUGCCUUAGGCUCCAUAUAGUCUAGGCACGGCACUGCAACCAAUGAUGGGAUUUUGAGGAAUCUAUGCCAAUGUAACUAAUGACCAAACAAUUCUAUACCUUUUGGAAUAACAAUGUUCAUGGAAUUAAGGUUAGUAUUCAUGUAUAUCGUUACUUGAGCUAUCAUCUACGUGCUAUAUUACAUAAUAAGCUUAUACUUCUGGUCAAAUGAAUGUUGAAGUACUACUAGAGAAAAUAAUAGUCAAUUUAAUCACAUCAUAGAUAAAGUUUACAGAGCUUUGUUUUAUCUGCUCGCAGCCAAUCACAAUAUACAUAAGACUCUAAAAGUUAACACUUUCUACAUCCUUAACCCUAAACAAAACUUUGGCGUAAAUCUCUUCCAAAGGAUUACCACAACAAAGGUUCGAUAAUGUUUGGUCAAAUUAUAUUGUAUCCUUUUGAACCAACAAAAGCGUCUGUAGUCCAACGGUUAGGAUAAUUGCCUUCCAAGCAAUAGACCCGGGUUCGACUCCCGGCAGACGCAUUUUUUAUAAGCAGUUCUUUUGAUGCGACAACAUAGAUUUUGUAAUCCUUUAUGCUUUGGCAUACACAGAAUGAUUUGGGCAGAGUUUACAUUAGAUGAUUACAGAGUAUAUGUAGCAUAAUCGCAUUGCUCAUAUACAAAUCAUUGAGCACUUUCACGUGGCAAAUAUCUCUCUGAAAAUAAAACAGUUAUGUUCCAAGUUUCAUCAGUUACAAAUCAUUGAGCAGUAGCACAUGUCUCCUCAGUUAUGUUGCAAGUUUGAUUCACAGCCUCAAGAGUCAAGACCAAAAUAAAAGAGAAGAAAACGAACCGGGAUUGUUGAGACUUGUUUCUUAAAAUAUUUGUACAUUUAUUUAGGACUUUAGGAGUUAGAUCAUCAUCAUUCUGACAGUUGACAUAGUUUACAUACUUUUUGGCAAUGCCAACUACUGUGACUAAAAUUAUGAUCGCCGUUUACCAAUGUAAACAUGACGGCCACCACUUUGUGACCUUUUCAAGAAAAAGAAAGGCGUUAACCGGUGAAUGUCGAUUGUACCCCUAGUUUAAAGGGUAAAACGCCAUAGAUCAGACGAAUCAUCAGGGAUGUUUUGGUCUUUUCCUCAACAUUUUUUUCACCCAUGCCAUAUCAGUUUAAUUGUGCGUAGAUGUAGAAAGACACAAGUCUUACCCUAGUUUCAUAACAGUCUCUAUCUUGCUCUGUUAAUCUAGGAAGACUUUUGAUUCCCAAGAGAAAAAAAAAAAAAGUGAAGUUUAGUCUUUUCUUCUUGUCGUGAGCAGUUUUAAUGGCGGGUUACAAAGCGGAUGACGAUUACGAUUACCUUUUCAAGGUGGUUCUGAUCGGUGAUUCGGGCGUUGGAAAGUCCAAUCUGCUCUCUCGUUUCACCAGGAACGAGUUUAGCCUCGAGUCCAAGUCCACGAUCGGCGUCGAGUUCGCCACUCGUAGCUUGAAUGUUAAGGACAAAGUCAUCAAAGCCCAGAUUUGGGACACUGCUGGUCAAGAAAGGUACCGUGCGAUCACUAGUGCAUACUACCGAGGAGCUGUUGGGGCACUUCUUGUCUACGACGUUACACGACACUCCACAUUCGAAAACGUUGAGAGGUGGCUUAGGGAACUCCGUGACCAUACCGAACCAAACAUAGUCGUGAUGCUUUUGGGAAACAAAUCCGAUCUUCGUCAUCUUAUAGCUGUUCAAACCGAAGAUGCCAAGUCUUUUGCGGAGAAUGAAUCACUCUACUUCAUGGAGACUUCAGCGCUUGAAGCUACUAACGUUGAGAACGCGUUUUCGGAAGUGCUCACUCAGAUUCACCAAGUUGUGAGCAAGAAAGCAAUGGAGGCUGGUGAUGAUUCAAACUCGGGUAAUGUUUUUAAAGGAGAGAAGAUUGAUCUUGAUGUCUCUGCUGUGAAGAAAACAGGUUGUUGCUCCAACUAAAGACUUGUUAGUCUCUUGCUUAUUUAUUUGAGGGGUUUGGUCUGUGUCCCCAAGCUAAGAUCUGUUUUAUUUCUUACAUUCAAAAUACUUUUGAAGAUGUUUGCUUUAUUUUUAGGAAACAAACUGUGUUAUGCUUUUGAUUUGCUUUGCUUGAAAGUUGCUUAGUUUUGGUCUGA